AAAUUACGUAUUGAAAUUAAGCUUUGUAACUGUUCAAUUAUAUUGUAAGCCCCCAAGUAUGGCUUGAUAGAAUCCACAUUGGAGUCCGCAUGCCUCACUGGCUGCGCAGUUUGAUCGUUGUGUCACAUAAAACUAUCGCGAGAGUACUGCUUUUAAAUCGUUCUCGCGGAACGUUGACGUCAUCCGGCCGUCGAUUCUUGCGGCGCCGAAUGAAGUCGAACAAACCUAUUAAGAUGCAAUCAGCUGAUCGAUCUGUACAGAGCCAAUCUGCCAUACAAAGUUAGGUAUGAUUUCUAUGGCAGCAAAAGCAGAAACCGAGAAUAACUCGGACAUGACACCAUUGACAAGCGACCCAGAGAGGAACGCUUUCUUUUGCUAAUUCUUUGGAUUCAAACAUGGUUAAGGUUAUGCAAAAACUACAAAGACUGUUACCAGUUGGACAACAGAAUCCAAUUUGAGCUCAAGACAGAGAGACAGUCAUGUUUGCAAUUCUUCUGAUUGUGUCAAUGUUUAGCCAAGGUCUCACCAUAGUGAGCUACGGAAGAAGUUUCAUCACAGCAUUUCCAGAGAACGUAGCUUACUUUUACCCAAACACCUUCAGUAGUCUGAGAGUCACCGCCCUCCAUCAUGACACAUAUGUCAACAUCUUCCACAACGGCAGCAGCACACCAACAAAGACGAUUUCAGACCUACAGAAGGGCCAAACUGUAACUGUGGCGUUUCCAAAAUCUGUUGAAGUAUAUCAAGUACUCAACGUCUCCACUAAAUCUAUCCGAAUCACCAGUAACAAAUACAUUGCCGUGCAUUCUGUCAGUCAAACGGAUUACAGUACUCAGAGCAAUGUUGUUCAACCCAGUGAAAAUCUUGACACACAUUAUUUGAUCCCUUCUCUGAACUACACAAACCUUCUCACCACAUUUAGCGUAUCACAGUCAGCCUCCUUUUCUACAAGAUACGGCUCGUUUAGGCUGAUCAUCAUUAAUGCUGAGGACACAAAAAACAAUAUCACGAUAGUCAAGAACAUAUUAGCCAAAGAUCAAUUAGUGAACUUCACGAUCCCAUCAUAUCAACUCAUCCAACUGCAGGCCGAUGCUUCAAUGAAGAUGAUUAACUCGAGUAGUAAAAUAGCUGUGCUGCUGACUCACCCGUGUCUACUUAAAGCAGACUGUAAAUGCAGCAUGAUAGUCAAUCAGAUUCUUCCUGUGAGAUUUCAGGGUCAGAACUUUGUUGUGCCUUUUAUUCCAGAAAUUAAACCAAGCUGGCUAUUUAUGACAUCAAACAACAGGGCAAGCUCGCUUUUUCAAAAAGGUACUAAACUGACUAGUUCGUCAGGGUUCCUGUCACUUUCAGAUCCAGAUGAACCCCAGUAUGUUAACACGUCGAGUAACGUGUCCCUAAGACUGAUCAGUCCAGGACUUUUCAUUGAAUUGAUCCAAGAAAACAUGUUUGCUGGCUGCUACCUGCUGCAGUUCUAUACAAACAACUUCAGGAUACUUGUGAUAGCUGAAACUGUCAACCGAGAUAAUUUACACACAGAUAUGGGAUUUAUUAAAGGCCUCCAGUGGACAGAGAUUUCUGGCACAAAAUACUCUUCAGUUGAAUUUAGUUUAAAAGAUCGUGAUUCGACAGUUGUCUGGCAUUCAAGCUCAAAAAUCGCUGUUUAUAUACUGGAAGAAACUGACAAGAUCGUUUAUGGAGGCCCAGCUAUACCUAUAAAUGAAAAUCCAGAUCCAUCUGGCUGUAUGGUUCCUGGAGAGUUUGUAGUUGGAGAUAAACCUCUCAAAUGGACUGAGUCUUUGGCUUACUGCACAAACCAUAAAAGAGAAUUUGCCUGUCCUACAAAUGAAGACAUCCAAAUGGAGUUGGCCAGGCAAGUUAACAAAACCAAUGUGGAGGGUUGGAUCGGUCUACGUCGUAGUCUAAUGACUACAGCAUGGUACUGGCAGAAGCAAACAUCAUCAUUAACAUCACCACCACCACCACCACCUGUGAAUUAUGUUUAUUGGGCCAAGGGACAAUCACAGAACAAACUGAAGGGCUUUUGUGCUUCAUUGUCACUGGAUGGUUCAGAUAAUUUUAAAUGGAAAAGUGCAAGCUGCUGUCAGAAAAAGCUUCCUGUCUGCUACAAGCCCCCUAUGACCAUUACUCCUUUGUCUUUGUCUGAUACAUUAUACAUUCCUUAGAUUAUCAUGCAUAUUUAUUGCACAACACAUAUAUCUCAUUGUAUUUUUACCUGCCUGCUAUUCUUACAAGUAACAGUCAUUGUAGUUUCUGGUGGGAAAUGCUAAAAAUAUAUGUAGUCCACUUAUAAUCCAUGAUUGUAAAACUGAGACAAAUACCUUUGUAAAGACAUAGGAUUUCUGUUAACUUCAAAGACAAAACAUAACAUAUCUUAUUAUUUUAGUAGUUUGAAAUGAAAGCAGAUUUUUAAACUGUACUUUAAGUUCUUUAAACUUUUUUCCUCAAAAGUGUACCCAGUUUCCAAAACUUGUUUCCUGUUUUUUCCUGAAUCUGUAUGAAUCAAUGUUAUUCCUUGAAAGAUUAAUAUAACUUAUUAUUAGUACUGAAAGUUAUGUAAUCUGUUAUGAUUUUAUAUCAGCUAAGUGGUUUCAUAACUAAAGACUUUAGUAAAAUUAUUAAUUAACCCUCAUA